CCCAAACCCUAACCCACGAUCCAAAGCCAAAAUCCGAAGCCAAGCCAAAGCCGAACCCAACUCGGCGUGUCCCAGAUUUUUUUCCAACAUAGUAACCAAGGCGGUACGCUAAAAAACACUGCCAAACCCGAACCCCCAACUUCUUCUUGUCACACGGUACAAAAUUACAUACCUUUCUUUCUUAGCCAAAUUGCCCAACCAAACGCUGCCCACCAUUCAUUUUCUCUCUGUUCCGUUCCCCAUGAUACACACCCAACGGAUUGGGAGAGAGUUCGUGUGAGAGAGUCUUGAGUUCUGUUUGGGUAAUCCAAGUGAAUUUGUUUGGAGCCUGUCUUGGCGUAAUUUCAUUUAUGGGUUGAAGGGGAUGGAGUGGGAUAGUAGCAAUUCGGAUCUCAGCGGUGACGAGGACGAGGGCUUCGCUCUCAACGAUGGCGGACCGCUUCCCUUCCCCGUUGGAAACCUUAUCCAAACGGCGCCUUGUGGCUUCGUCGUCACUGACGCCCUCGACCCCGACCACCCCAUCAUCUACGUCAACACCGUCUUCGAGAUGCUCACCGGAUACCGCGCCGAGGAGGUCCUCGGUCGUAAUUGCCGUUUCUUGCAAUGUAGAGGACCUUAUGCUAAAAGAAGACAUCCAUUAGUGGACUCCACAGUAGUUUCAGAAAUUAGGAAAUGUCUCGAGGAGGGAAUUGAAUUCCAAGGCGAGUUGUUGAAUUUUAGGAAAGAUGGUUCUCCACUGAUGAACAGAUUACGGCUGACACCUAUAUACGGAGAUGAUGAAAUGAUUACUCAUGUUAUCGGAAUCCAGUUCUUCACUGAAGUAAAUAUUGAUCUGGGUCCUUUGCCUGGCUCUUUGACCAAGGAAUCCGCAAAAUCUUCUGAUCGGUUUCGUUCUGGCCUUUCAACUAUCCGCCCUGUCACCUUUGGGGACCGAAAUUUUUGUCGUGGGCUUUGUGGAAUAUUCCAGCUGAGUGAUGAGGUGCUGUCUCUCAAGAUUCUUUCACGUUUGACCCCUAGAGACAUUGCAUCAGUUGGGUCUGUCUGUAGGCGAUUGUAUGAACUGACGAAGAAUGAGGACCUUUGGAGAAUGGUCUGCCAAAAUGCAUGGGGUAGUGAAACAACUCGUGUUUUAGAGACUGUGCCAGGUGCAAAGAGACUUGGGUGGGUUCGGCUGGCAAGGGAAUUGACGACUCUUGAAGCAGCAGCAUGGAGGAAACUGACUGUUGGAGGUGCUGUUGAACCCUCACGCUGCAACUUUAGUGCUUGUGCGGUCGGGAAUCGGGUUGUCCUUUUUGGCGGGGAAGGGGUCAACAUGCAACCCAUGAAUGACACCUUCGUAUUGGAUCUGAAUUCGAGUAACCCAGAAUGGCAACAUGUCCAAGUGAGCUCCCCUCCACCUGGUCGUUGGGGUCAUACACUUUCUUGUGUAAAUGGGUCUCAUUUAGUGGUAUUUGGAGGCUGUGGAACGCAGGGCUUGCUCAAUGAUGUGUUUGUGCUGGAUUUGGAUGCCAAGCCUCCAACUUGGCGUGAAAUAUCUGGAUUGGCCCCUCCACUUCCAAGAUCAUGGCAUAGCUCUUGCAUCCUAGAUGGCACCAAAUUGAUUGUUUCUGGUGGCUGUGCGGAUUCUGGAGUACUCCUCAGCGACACUUUUCUGCUUGAUCUCUCAAUAGAGAAACCUGUCUGGAGGGAGAUACCAGUGGCAUGGACUCCACCUUCUCGGUUAGGUCAUACACUAUCUGUGUAUGGUGGUCGGAAAAUAUUGAUGUGGGGUCUGGCCAAGAGCGGGCCUCUUCGUUUUCGUUCCAGCGAUGUUUUCACAAUGGAUUUAAGUGAGGAGGAACCAUGUUGGAGAUGUGUAACGGGGAGUGGAAUGCCUGGUGCUGGAAAUCCAGGGGUAGCUCCUCCACCUAGACUUGAUCAUGUGGCCGUGAGCCUCCCAGGUGGGAGAAUCUUGAUCUUUGGCGGGUCCGUGGCAGGUCUUCACUCUGCCUCACAGCUUUAUAUCCUGGACCCAACAGAUGAGAAGCCUACAUGGAGGAUAUUAAAUAUACCUGGGCGACCCCCAAGAUUUGCUUGGGGUCAUAGUACUUGCGUUGUUGGGGGGACAAGGGCUAUUGUUCUUGGCGGUCAAACUGGAGAGGAUUGGAUGCUCAGUGAGCUCCAUGAGCUGUCGCUGGCAAGUUCGGUCGUCUGAUUCUGGGGAUAAGAGAAUGAAAAGCUGUCACAAAGGGGUGAGUAGGAGCUUCAACCGCCAGCUGCGAGAUCAUUCCCAGGAAUCACUGUCUGGAGAAUGUUGUUCCUGACAAAUGAUAGGCUGGUGGUUGGUCGUAACGCAUUAUCUUGUAUGGGAGCUGUUCUGGCUCGAUAUAAAAAAAAUUUGAGUCGACUUUCAAACAGUGACUUGGAACGUCUGUUUUGUGAGGUUUGUGUGAGACUUGCCUUUCAGUACGUACAAUGGAUUAUUCUUCACUGAUAGGUUGGUAAGUAUUCGACAGACAGGUAGGUUUAUGUAUUUAGGCUUAGUUUCUUACUUGUUCUGCCCAUGGGUUGCCUUUAAGUUUUGUAAAUUGAACCAAAAAUUGAAAGAGGUGCAUGUUUAUAGUAUGGCUA